UAUGGAGGAUUGGGUAAGGCAGCUUUUCGCUGGCACAAAGGAUUUUAGUUCAUUGAGCACGAGGAAAGUUCGUCUAAUAUAUGAAAAUGAAACUGGGAAAGUCUUAAGUCCAGAUGAGAAACUUGAGCUAAAGCAGAUUAUCAUCAAACUUCUCCCAGACUUCCUGUCUUACCAGGCACCACAGAAAUCUGGAGACAAAGUCCUGAUAAACAGAGGGAGAGAAGGAGAGGAGACAAACAAGGAAGAUUGCCGGGUAUUCAAGCAGGACAACAAGGACAGUAACGUUGUCAAAAAGACAAAGUCUAACAAAGUGGUCAAAGGACAGGAUGAUAGUAAGGAUGGUGGAGGUCGGAAUGUUGUCCAAGAUGAUGGUGAGGAUGAUGGUGAAGAUGUAAUAAAUGGACAUGAUGAUGUAGAAGGAAAGAAACUUGAUAAUGGCAAAUAUGGAGCUGAUGAUGAUCACAAAUAUAAACCGUCGAGUUUGUCAGAAGAGGAAAGAGCACAGGAAAAAUCACCCGAGAAAGAACUGGAGCACCUGUCAUCGGAUGCAUCAAUUGUAACAACAUGGAAACUAAAAGAGGCCAGGUCAACCAAAAAGUACUCUGGUAUUAAGAGGCCAAAGAGAAUCGUUUCCAUGGGUGAAGCGAUGGAAGAAAUGAACCUGAAAUUGAAUGAACUUAAACCGUGCUGUGUUCGUCUCUAUGACAUCCGCACUGAAAGUGGCUCAGGUUCUUCAGGUGAAAUUCUCAAGGGAAAAACAGGACGCCGACUAAGUCUUGCUGAGUGGAGAACAAAGGCCAAGCGAAAACGGGUGAUAUCAGCCUCAUCAGGUUCAGGAUCUGAUCAUGGACACAGAGGAUUCUCCCCAAAACAGAAACAAAAAGCAAAAAAGGUCCAGAAAGGCAAUUCCCGUUGCAAUAGCUCUGAUGAAGACUGCAAACUCCUCAAAACAAAGAAAAAGGAAAGUGACAGCAAUGACUCAGAAUCUGUAGGAAGUGACUCAGACAUCUGCCGUGUAAAAGGCAUGAACAAAGGAACAAAGAAACCAGCAUCUGCUUCUGACUCAGAAGAAGAAGGCUCAUCAGUGAAAGCUCGUCACAGUGUCAGAAAUUGUUCAGUGCUUCUAGAAAAGGCAAAAACGACAAAAAUUAGCAUCAAUCCGAUAAUGAAGAUGUCCAAAAAGAGAAAAACUGUUGACAGUGAUUCAACUGAAAGUACAUCAGAUGGUGGGAGCUUUACGAAUAAGAGACCGAGAAGGUCCAGCGCCAGGACGGAGUUUAACAGGAGCAGUUCUAAAAGCGAUUUUGACAGUGCUAUGAAAACUUCCCAUGGCAUACAGUCAGAAAAAUCAAAGUUGUCAACUGCUAGACAAAGGAUAGAGUUCAACAGGAGUGGCUCAGAUAGUGAGUUUGAGAGUGCUAAGAAAACUUCACCUGGGAAGAAGUCUGUGUCAGAAAGAUCAGAGUUACCAGUUGACUGGGCAGGUGAUGAAAGUGACUCGGACUUUAUCAAGCCACUUAAGGCAGUAACAAAGAAAAGAUCACAGAGAAAAAGGAUUUCUCUUGAAUCAGACAAUAGUGAUUCUAACCAAAGUGAUUCACAAACACGUAUUGACAAGAGGCAACAACGUAUUGAACUUCACACUUCCGAUGAGAGUGUGUCGAAGACUUCCUCACUUACCAACAAAUCACGGGUCAGAAACAAGUCUGAUUCAAAGAGGUCCAUGACAAACCUGAGAUCUAAGCAAGCUUCGUAUUCGGAUGGAAGUAGUUCCAGUGAAGAGGUUGAAGGUCUAUUUAAUGUUUUACAGAGUGAAAAGAGCUUGACAGGGAAAUCUGAUGAUGAACCAGUUUCAAAAAUUGGAAAGACAGAAAGUGCUAGAGUAAAUAUAGAAAACAUUGACUCUGACUCGGAUUGGGCUGAAGUUGUGACGGUGAAAGCAUUAAGUCAAGCAAAGAAGGGAAGCCCUGCCAGGAGAAAGCUGGAGGCUGCUGUUUCCCCUGUCAGAUCGAGAGGGAAAGAGAAGACAAGGGGAGGUGUUAAGAGUUAUGUCUUGUGCAGUGAUACCUCAGCAGUUGGAAGCGACUCAGCAACCAGCAUUGGUGCCGAUAGUGACUCAGCAACCAGCAUUGAUGCAGAUAGUGACUCAGCAACCAGCAUUGAUGCAGAUAGUGAGUCAGACUCAGAAAGGGGAAAAUCUACCACAAAGAUACAGAGAUCAAGAGAGACGCAAAAGUCACUGAAAGUGUCGAAUAGGAAAGAACGUCCACUAAAACAACCGAGUAAAGUGGAUGACAGCAGUGAAAGAAGUGAAGAAUUUGACAUCAAGCCCUGCGUCAUCUCAUUGGUGGAUAUAGUGAAAGAAAAGUCAUUCCCUAGAGUCAGUGAAACUACCUUCCUUGUUAGAAAUGUUAUCCAGUCUCACAAAACUGGGAGUAAACUGGCAUUCUGUGCAAAUCUAGUCGGUGAUGAUAACUCAGACAAGAGAGUUACAGAAUCACCUAUAAAAAGGAGUCCCUGUAGGAAGACGAGUUCCCCAACCGAACUGAAGACAACAAAGGAGAAAAGAAAAUGUCGAAUGAGGUUCCUUGUAGAAUCAACUGGUUCAUCGGAGUCUGAUUCUGACUUUGAGAAUGUGCAAGUGUCACCGAGAAGAGUUCGCAGAUCAGGAACUAGUGGAAAUGUCAAGCAAAGAAUUGUCUCAGAGAGUGACAGUGAUUUCGAGCCAGCACAUGGUAAGAAGCCUGGAGCUUUAAAAAGCAAGAGUCUGAGGCAAAGAUUGAAAUAUUCAGUUGACAGAUCUGGAAGUGAUAGUGUUGAUGGGGAGUCAGGAGACGCGGAUUCAAGGGGUCACGGUUCAUCUCGGAGAGGAAAGAAGAAGAUACGGGACGACAAAGGGAUACGUGGAAGGGACCAGCCAGCAGCUAACAGGAAGUGCAGAGAAGACAAUUCUUAUGGUCGUAAAUGUAGAUCCUCUACUAGGAAAUCAUCCAUCAGCGAUCAGCGAAUUGAAAACAUAAAGCAAAGAAAUAUUUCUAGAAGUAAUAGUGAUACAUGUAUUUUUCAAUCUAGCGACGAGGGAAGUGAUUUGAUAGUUGAGACGGUGGGAUCACCUUCACGGACGCCCAGAGGAAAACACAAAAGCGAUGUCAUUCGACCUAGCGACGAGGGAAGUGAUUUGAUAGUUGAGACGGUGGGAUCACCUUUACGGACGCCCAGAGGAAAACACAAAAGCGAUGUCAUUCAAUCUAGCGACGAGGGAUGUGAUUUGAUAGUUGAGACGGUGGGAUCACCUUCACGGACGCCCAGAGGAAAACACAAAAGCGAUGUCAUUCAAUCUAGUGACGAGGGAAGUGAUUUGAUAGUUGAGACGGUGGGAUCACCUUCACGGACGCCCAGAGGAAAACACAAAAGCGAUGUCAUUCAAUCUAGUGACGAGGGAAGUGAUUUGAUAGUUGAGACGGUGGGAUCACGUUCACAGACGCCCAGAGGAAAACACAAAAGCGAUGUCAUUCGAUCUAGCGACGAGGGAAGUGAUUUGAUAGUUGAGACGGUGGGAUCACCUUCACGGACGCCCAGAGGAAAACACAAAAGCGAUGUCAUUCAAUCUAGCGACGAGGGAAGUGAUUUGAUAGUUGAGACGGUGGGAUCACGUUCACAGACGCCCAGAGGAAAACACAAAAGCGAUGUCAUUGAGACCAAAGAAAGUAAAAUUGUUAUUGCAAGGCGUGUUAUGCCAGUUAGUAAGAAGAAAAGCAGAGGUUCUGAAUCCCAGGACAAAAACUCAGGCAAAAAAACAUCUAAAUUAGAAAAAAUGAAAACAGGUGAACAUAUGGAUGUUGUAAACAAUAAGACAGAUUUCACUGAUUCCGACUCAGAUAGUUUGCCAGAGACAAAUAUUACGUCAAAGAAUAGUGAUUCAAAGCAAGCAUGUAGUGGCAAACAAGUGCAGAAAAAGUUACUUGGAUCUUGUGAGAGUGACUUUGAGAUUUCUACUUUAGUGUCAGAGAUAAGUGCAAAGCAUUUGUGUCCCAAAAAAACAAAAAGAAAGAAGGAAGAGAUGAAGCUAAAUUCAAGUUCAUCCAAGGCUCAUUCAACAGAAUUGUUGACUGAUUCUGAUGCUACUUUAUCAGAGCUGGAGAGUUUGUCUCCGAGAAGGGGAGCUCAAGACAGAUUGUCACCAAGAAGGAGAUCUCGAGACAGAUUGUCAAAGAAACAGGCUGAAUGCAAGUUAAAGAAACAGAUUCAGAUGCAGCAAGUUUCCGAUACAAGCUCAAGCGCGUUUGAUGCAAAUGACGAACGUUUGUUUGGGGGAAAUACAUGUAAUAGCAAACCAACCAUAUCCCCUAGAAUUGUUUCUGAUUCAGAAUCAUCGGUCACAGAUGUCGAGGCAGUGUCAAACACUAAAAGGGGGAAGAAUAGAAAGGCGAAUGUAGAGUCUCGCAGCGUUUCUUCAUCAUCGGUAGAGUCUGUGAGAGUAGGAUCUUCUGUGAAUAAGGUACAAAAAGCUGUUGAUGCAGAUUUGCAUAAUAGUGACAUUCACUCAGAUGACACUUCAUGUUUACACAGUAGAGGUAGGUCUCCACAGAUGGAAAAUCUGACCAAAAAGAAGACCAGAUCUCCACAGUCUGGAAAAGGAAAAACUGAAAAGCGAAAUAAUCGUGGCAAAAGGUUGAGCAGGAAAGGCAUUGAAAAUGACAGCGAUGAUAAAGAUUCCAGCAAGAAAAAUGGCAGGAAAGGUCACUCAGAUGAUGAAUCUCAUUCCAAAAGUGGACAAGAUGAUGGUAAUGAUGUUGAUGGCAGUGAUGACUCGGGCAACAUUAGUCCAGAUGAGACAGAGAUUAAGGCAUUGUCAUCAUCAUCAACACCACCUCAAUCACCAUCAAGUAGUGACAGUGUGGAAUUGAGAAGUGAACCUUGCUUAUCAAGGACAGAACACUCUGACCUUAGUGUCUGCGACAGUGGUGGUCCCGGGAAGAGGACAUCUCCAGGGAAACACACAGGGAACAGUCCAGCACAGUGCAUUCUAAUCCCAGCCGAGAUACAUGUACAGAAGGAAAAGUCGACCAAGGCAGAUGACAGUGAUGUGGACACAAGUAGUUUGUCCGAGUCAGAACUCAGGUUGAUCACUGUGAAGGAACAGCCAGCAAAAGUGCUAAAGAAGAAGAAAUCUGUGUUUUCCAAGCCUGUUAAAAACUCAGCCGAGAAGGUGAAGCAAUCAGAGAAGACUAAAAGUAAGAAAGGGGCCUCAAAAGAAAAGAAGGAUAAGAGGGCAGCUCCUGACAAGUACAGUGAAAAGUUGAAGCAGCUGGUAACGAUUUGUAAGGCCAUGGGGUUGUCUUACAGUCAUCGUGUAAGGGGAUGUAACUCUGAUGAAAAGAAGGUUGAGCAGAUCCAGGAUUACUUGGAAGAGUGUGGCAUGAAAGGGGAGAUAACUCUGAAAAUGGCCAGAAAGUGGAGGCUGGAGCGGGAGGCAGCCGAGUUAAGCAAAGAUAAUAUUUUAUCUGGCCAGGAAGGCCGCACGAGUAGAAGCCAGGGCUUGUUUUCAUCACAUUCCAAAUCUCCAAGAAAACAAACUUCUCCUGUGCUGAAAUUAGACCGACUGAAGGACAUUAUUGACAGUGAGGGCAGCUCAGACUGAUUGGAUUCCAGGUGUGCUACUUCAGCAUGGCAGUAGUGUGGAAUCUGCUCCCUACCUGUACAACAUUGCUAUGAUUGGUGACAAGGAAUGUGAUGUCUAAUGGUAUGAUGUUGAAGUGACUCCAUACCCAUGGAGUAAAUACACAUCUGCACUCAGGGUUAUUUUGAACAUUGGGUUUCAACAACAACAUAUUAUAUGUGAUCCUACCUGUCUGAUUAGGACUCGCACACGAUCAGAUCUUUUGAUUAGAACUCUCACAAGAUUUAAUCUGUUCAAUUAGGAUUCACACACGAUCUGAUCUGAUUGGUUAGGACUCGCACAAGAUUCGAUCUGUUCUGUAAGGAUUCACAAACGAUCUGAUCUGUUUAAUUAGGAUUCCCACACAAUCUGAUCUGUUUAAUUAGGAUUCCCACACAAUCUGAUCUGUUUGAUUAUGACUUAUCCCCUAUUGUAAUUGUGUUAUUCCUAGCUCAAUCUCAUAGGAUAAAAUAUUUAUGGUUCAAGAAUGAUGCUUAAUAUCUUCAUUGUUUUUUUUUUUGACUGGUCAGUGCCAUAUGUAAAUAUAUAUGUACAUGUAAGUCCCUGAUUGCCUUAGCCUGAUCAAAUCACCAUAUGUCAUGUGAAAAGGUGUAUGUAUUGUAUUGCUGCCGGUAAAAUUUAUAACAUCUGCGCGUAUCUACCAUUUGGCUGCAUUGUUAGAUUUUUUUGAUAAAAUCACACUGUUAUUUGAAGUGGGUUUGAGCGAUAGUAGAAGUAUUAAACCUGAGGAUUUUGCCAAAGGGAAAAUGAAACUAGCCUUGUUAAGUGCACGUGCACGCCCAAGUGUAUUAGUAUGUUGAACAGAAUGAUGUAUUCUGUUUAUCUGUACAUGUAGAUGUAGUGAUUCUGGAUUAAAAUUGUUUGCCAAAUCUAUUUAACUUUUAUGAAGGAUUAUUGCCGCGUUGUUGUUGUUGUACUCAUCUUGAAAGCUGCACAAUUGUAACCGCAUGAUAGUUUUAAUUCAUUCUUUUAUAUUGUGUUCUCACUUGACGUAGAGUUAAAGUAUAUAACUUGUUUCUUAGAAUUAUUUGUGCAAUCAGUUUUGUGGUUUGAUAGAUUGAUUCUCUGAUUGUUAACUGUUGCCUUUCUCUAAUCGUUUAAUACAUUUAUACGUUUGUGAAUGAAGUAGAAGAAAGUAUUGUACACUGGAGCUAGACAUGUCUGUCAGCAUCUUUUAAUUGGAUAAACGUGGGAAGAAUUGUAAGGUGUACUGGAACCAUUAUUUUAAGGAAGAAGACGUGAUGGAGGAACAUCCUGAACGCGAAAAAUAGUUGGGACUUACUAAAGCCAACAUCACUUGUUCGCAGUCUCGAAAAUCAUGUAUAUCUGAAUGAAAUAUUUCAUUUUGUUGGUUACAAUCCGGUUAAUGGAACUCACUCAUUCUACAUCUGUGUUUUUUGGAUCGCUGGAAAAAGUGAUGCACACCUUUUUGCUACAAACAUUCUGCAUACACUGUAUUACAUGUGCCAUAGUUCUAACCAUUAUUCUAAUAAAGAAGACAUGAUGGGCCCGUAGAAAUCGUAGGCUAAGUUCAUUGUGAGAGACAUGGCUGUUAAAGGCAUGCGUUGCCACGGUGUUUGCCAUCAACUUUCGGCUUUGAGGAGCAACACACUGUUCGCUCAGUAUUUGUCAACAUAUUUUGUGCACAGCUCCGAUUCUGUGUUUAUAGCUGGCCCUACCAUGCCAGCAGUUAACAUAUAGCUCUAAAUAAGAAUGGAGUUGCAGCGAUUUAAGACUGAGGUCCAGUGUUAUAAAGAAAUCUCAUUUCUCUGCUAUUUCGACAUGUUAGAAUGCCCUACCACUUUAUCAGCUUUGUUUUGAAACGACAAUAUCCACGAUUUCUUACUGUACCAGAUGCCAUUGUUUCAAUAAAUAUGACUAUACCUUUCACCGUU